GAAGAUCAGUAUAGAUGGAGUAACGUUGCUAAUUUACACAUGCUAAGUCCAAUUGCAGAGUGUGGUCCUGAGUACCAAAUCUAGGUGCUUCAUGAUCAACACUUUUUUGUCAUCUUAUGUCAAGGGGUGACAGUAUCAAGAAUGCUGAGAAAAGCAGAAUGAAAAGCACAGGACCUUGAUGACCACAUGAAGAUUGCUGAAAAAUCUAGACAGAAUAUGUGCACUUCAACCAUUUGGGCCAAAAACAGCACCCAGUCUGCCCAAAAAAAAUCCUUUCUCUUUUUUUGUUGAAGAACUCAUUUUUAUCAAAAGUAUUUAUUCUAUUCUGAAGUGGACUGCAAGAUCCCUCAUAAUGGAAUAUGGGUUAUCAACAGAGAAGAUAUUCUAGAGGUCUUUGAAAAUACAGAUGUGGUUUUGAUAAGAUGGAUUCAAAUAAGUCCUGUUUUAUAGAUUUUUCCAGAGAUCAGACUGGAUUAACAGUAAUUUACAGCAUUGUCUUUACCCUGGGAUUUCCAGCUAAUCUUCUGUCCAUGUGGGGGCUCUACCAACUUCUCCGUACUAGCAAUUUUCUCAAUACUUUCAUUCUCAAUUUACUUGUGUCUGACUGCCUCCAACUCCUUACCUUGCCUAUGUGGAUCAUUUACCUACAGAACAAUCACAAGUGGACUUAUGGGAGGACAGCUUGCGAUUUUGUGGGGUUUCUCUUCUAUAUUAACCUUUAUGCUAGCAUUGUGUUCUUAUCCCUUGUUGCUUUAGACCGGUACACAGCUAUAGUUUAUCCACUUCGGUUUAGUAAAGUACGCACAGCUCGGUUGGCACUUGGCAUCAGCCUUGGAGUUUGGCUCAUCACAUUUCUACUUAUUUUGACUGGUCUGUACCCUUCAGUGUAUGAUGAUGCCCAAGAACUUUGUCUGGAAUAUUACCCAGUUAAAAAAAAGUAUGCCAUAUUCAAGAUUGGGACUAUCGUGUUUGGAUUUGUGCUGCCAAUCUUCAUUCUAGGGUUUACCUCUGUGAAAAUUCGAUCAGCUUUACGCUCCUCUCCAUCGGUGACUCAAGGUGAACGCAGAAGGAUUAUGGGAAUUCUCUGUACCAUCACUCUUAUCUUUGUAGUGGUGUUUGGACCCUACCAUCUGGUUGGCACCUAUAAGUUCUUCAGCUAUUUCUUCACUGCUGAUAAAUGUCUCCUGGAACAAAAACUGUUCCUUGUGUAUCGAUUCUGCUAUGGGUUGACAAGCCUCAAUAAUGUACUAGAUCCACUGUUCUACAUCUUCAUCUGUGAUGACAUUCGCAGACAACUUUGGAGGUCAAUCUCUUGUCUAAUGCAGAGAAGAAAGUCUCUUGAUUCAGGCGUUCACCUCAGGGAAAUCAUUGAGCAUAGCCCCGAAAAGAAAGAAAAUAAAAUAGUUUUGUAAGUUUCACAACCAGGAUGGAGUUAUCAUGGAUAUCUUCAUGAGAUGAUAAUGAUAUCUCAGGAUUAUGUAAAAUAGUCAGUGCUAGUCAGAGGCAGGUUGUGUAGUGAUAGGUGCUGCUGUCUUAAUGCUUCAGGGCUCUGGAUUCACUAAGCUGUAAAAUAAGUGUUAGUGUAUUUUACAAUGGACUGGCAUCCUAUCAAGGCGUAUUUUCUUAUACAUAAAGUUGGGAGGUUAGGUUCCAUCUUCCUUUUUACCCUUUUCUGAAAAAGCUUGAUUUGAAAAAAAACAUCAAUGUCACUCUUUGCUAAUUUUUUAAAAAUGCUAAUCAAUUCAAAAAAAGGAACCAUUUUACUCUGGUUUGAUGUGAAAUUUGAAUUGAUUGUACAUUAUUUAACAAUGUCAAAGAAUUUUGGCAUGUUAUUAUUUUUAAAAAGAAAAACUGUAAUGAAACUAAAUAUAACUUUAAACAGUCAAAAAUGUUCUGGAAAUGCAAUUCUUGUGUUUUGCGUAUUUCACCUGACCAAGUAACAGGUCAUGCCACAUACAAGUUGGUUUGUAGAGAUUCAUCCAGAUGUCUUCCUCAAGUUGAAUUAGUAUAAUGUAGCAAAGUUGAAAAAUGUGUAUUCUCAAAAUCAUCCAGCUUCCAUUUUGGAUGUACCGGUACAUAGCAGGCACAUUGUGCCACAUACAGAGUUUUGUUUUAUGUUUUUUAAAAUAUUUUCCCAAUAUUAUGUAAACUAGUAGCUGACAGAGUGUACCAUAUGCUCAAUGUUUGCUUGAUAUGCUCUUAAGAAAUUUUCUUAGACCUGUGAGCUUUUUCUCAUUUUUUUUAUAAAUAAAAUCUAAGCCAUUUGAUCCAGCAUUACUCUUCCAGGUGUUGAUCAUUGUGGGAUGACACCAGCCCCUUUAAGGCCAGUGCACAGCCAUUUUACUUCCUUUCAAUCUAUUUCCUCUUUUCUAGCUUAUAUAAUCCUGCAUAUGAAACCUUCCAAUUAUCCACUAGAAAUUUUACCCUCACAACUAUUUAAAGAUACUUUCAGAGCUAUUAGUCCAAUUGUUUUGGAUAUUAUUAACAUCUGUCUAACAUCUGGUAUAAUGUCAGACAACUUUAAACAUGCAAUUGUUCGGCCUCUGCUGAAGAACCCCACGCUUCAUCCUACAGUUCUUUGAAACUAUAGGCCUAAUUUCUAAGCUCCAAUUUUUAUCUAA